AUGUGUGCAGCUCCUGGGGGGCCUGUGAUGGGCUUCGUGGGCUGCCUCUCGGACUUUGGAGGUUCCUGCAACGGCUCAAGCUGGCCUUGUCAGCCUUGCCAGGGAAGUGGCGGGAUGUCCAUGCUUGCUCCAGGUCCUUGCCAGGUGAUGGAGUUCGCCGGGCCUUACUCUCAGCAGCAUGAUGCGUAUGACGCGGAUCCCAGCAGCCACUGUAGCCCUCCUGAAGAGGAUUACUCUGAGCGCAUCCGCGCUGCACAACUUCAAGCACGCUAUGAGCAGCGGCUGAAGUCCAAGGAUCAAGAGCUCCGACAUCUUCAAGAACGACUGAAUCGACAGGAGGAUCAGACGGCCAAAAUGCAGGCAGAGUUUGAGCGCGAUCGGCAGGGUUUGUUGUACAAUCUCAAUCAGCUGUCCCACGCUGUGGCCACUGAACGGAAGGGCCAGACACAGUGGGGAGAGCGACCCAAGAAGCGAGAGAAAGACGUGCCAAGCUCUGAGGGACCCAAGCCUGAGCGUCGGGAAGGCGUAGCAGCUGCCCCACGGGCACGACUUCACGGAAGCCACAAGGAGAGCAUCCGCCAGGAGCCUUCAGGAGACAAACGAGACCGAACAGCUGGCGUUUCGAGGCCUCCCGCGACUGGGACGCUGUGGAGUGGUGACCGUUUCGAAAAGUAUGCGCGGCAAACGCCGGGGGCCUUUGAGCUGAGGGAGAAGGCAGAUGGUUCUGGGUGGACUUUGAGGCUUCGCUUCGAGGAUUUAAGCCCGCCUCUAAACGACGAGGGCAUGCAGGUCUUCUGCCGAUGGCUCCACCAAUCGAUGCAGAGGAUGCGCGAAGACAAGGGUCUGCGCUCCAUGCGCAUGGUUGAGGCUGAGGUCUCCUUCGCCUGGAACUACAUGGGUGAUGAGGCUGUUGGACGCCUGCUGCAGGCGCUCCAACGGUCGGAGCUCCGCGUGUCUUCCUUGAACUUCAGCGGCAACGGCCUGGGGCCAGCCGGCGCCUCUCAGAUCGGCGACUUCGUUCAGGAGGCUAGCUUCGGAGUCCGGGAGAUCUCCUUGUCCUACAACCUCCUUGACGAGGCAGUGGUGAUGGACCUGCUGGCCAUGUUCGUCGACCAUGGCAAAUACCCAUUGCGACGAAAUGGCAAGGCCGAUCCUGUUAAGCUUAUGCUAAGCAACAAUGGCCUCCAUACCUCCAAGCUUCUGAAGAGGAUCGGAGCAAUGGGGCUGUCCUUACAAUCCAACAGGGCCCGUUCGGCGAGGGAAUGGCUUGUGCUAAAGAACGGCGUGGACUUGCUUAGGCUUCCGGAUUUUGAGAUGCAGGAGCAAAUGCAAGAACUUGGCUCGGACAGUGAGCACCGUGAGCAUCUUGACUGGGCACCAGACCGCCUCUCUGGCCUGUCAGGGAUGAAGCUGGAGAGAACCAAGCCCCUUCCUCGGCCAACUCCGAAGAGCGCGGUGGCCGCAGUUGCAAGGCCCGAUGCUUUGCGAGCUGCAUCGAGCCCCACAAGUGGAUUUGGCGUACCCGAGCAGACGCCAGAGCCCGAUGUGCAGAUGCAGACGGCACCAAAGCAGGAGGAGAAGGAGAAGGAGCCCUUCCGCCAGCA